AUGGAAGCUUACAAAAGGCGCUGCAUAAAGCGCUACCAAUAUUGUGAUUUGGCGUCUGCCAUUUUCGACGGAUAUCUCGUAUAUUACAUUGUCCGUCAGGUAGACAUCACCGGCCGGUCAAAGGCAAUGAUAGAAAUAUUUGCAACAUGGUUUAGGAUCGUCUUUGUUGUAAAAGUUUUAUUGCACUUAUUAGUUGUACCCGUGUUUGUUUUUACUGGAUCUGUAAGUAAAAUUUGCUUGACCAUCAUUCCCUACGAAACUGAGAGUAUUAUGCCAAUAGUACUGCCAGAUGCAAAGUCUUCGAGCAGUGAAAUCCCAACGACGCCAAGUGCAAGGGCGGUAUUGACGUACAAGUACACGGAAAAGGCGAAACUGCUUUUUCAAACGUUCGGACUCGUCUGCUUCACUGCACUAUUGCUUACCCUUGAUCACUACCUUCACAGGCUGUUGGACAUCACACUCAUGGCUAUGUGGUUUUGUGCGGUGUCAUCUGCGACACAGCUGCAUUAUGUGUACUUCCGAGAUUAUUCACCGUGCAGAGAGAGCAAACAGGGCGAAUCGGAACUUCUUCAUCCAAGAAUAAAAUGUAUGUGGAUGUUAUACACCGUUACGAUGAUUGCCGGGUGGUCAUUUGGUAAUUAUUUGGCAUUGUUGGAUUGGGACGAACCUUAUAUAUUCUUCCCAAAUGCCAAUUUCAUCGGCAUGUGCCUCGGUCACCUGGCUGCUGCAAUAUUGACUCCAAUAUGUUCUAACGUGUAG